CUGACUUGCAACACUUGCGCCUCAGGCCACAGCCUUGUAUCAUCAUAUUGGACGCGCUGUGUUUCAGCACUUCAGUCCAAGAACUCUAUCCGACCAGCUGCAUCAUCUCGAGCACAGGCGGUGGUGGCGCAACUCAGCCCGAAGCAACAAGAGCCCCCCUUCGCGUGCCAUUUCCAUCCGCAGAACGCUCCCGGAGCCUUUCGAUUUUUUCACAGCUGCCGACUUCGCACUCUUCGCUGUCGCUCACGCAACAUGUCGAAUAAGGCUGGAUCCUCGUUCUCAACGAGGGCAAGGCUAUUGAACCCAGCGCCGGAGGAGCUCCGCCAGCUCGUACUAGACUAUCUCGUGCACAAUUGCUAUACCUCUGCAGCUAGAGUCUUUGUCGGGGAGAGCAGCGGCCCCAAGGAUGUCGACGCCGACGGAGACGAGGUUAUGGCCUCCCCAGUGAAAGAAGCCUCGAACGAACUAGACGAGUUCGAAGAGAGGCUCGCUAUGAGCGAGCUCCGCAAAGACAUCCGGACCCGCAUCCUGACUGGCAAUAUCGAAGAGGCAACCGCACUGCUCAACAAGCACUUCCCCGCAGUCCUUUCGGAAAACAUGGAGGCCGACGGAGCACCUUCCUCUCCUUCCAUACCCUCGGGCAGAUUUUCGUAUCUCCCUUCGACCUCGGUCGAUCCCACCCACCUCGCGCUCAAUCUCCACAUCCAGGCAUUCAUCGAGGCCGCGCGCACUAUACCUCUCGAAUAUAUCCCUCCAGGCGCCAGCACCCCCUUGCCGCACCCGCCCCUCCUGUCCGGGGCAUCAGACAAGAAGCAUUCCCCCCCGGGGGACGAGGAUGCGGCCAUGUCAGAGUUCGACAACGAGGACGCGAACGUGGCGCUCCUCAUACGCGCCCAGAACCUCUACUCGGAAGCAAACCAGCUCUCCCGCCCGCAGGACCGUGCGACGUACCUUCACGAGCUCGGGCAGGUCGGCGGGGUCCUCGCGUACACGGUACCCGAGCGAAGUCCGCUCGCAACGUACAUGACCCAGACCCGGCGGGACGGUGUCGCGAACCAGAUCGACAGCGCCAUUCUGUAUCGCGCGAAGCGGCCUAUCAUCUCUCGCAUUGAGCUCUACGCGCGAUAUACUGCGACCCUCUGGGGAAUGCUGCAUGAUAGGGACGUGAAGAUACCCCCUCGCAGCACAUGGCCCGCAAACGUCGCUCUUCCGCCUAUGGCAGCGCUUGCGCAGGAGUCCAAAAUUGUCCCUUCCAAAGACACCGGUAGCUUGGACAGCGCCAUCCCUUCCGUCAAGAAGACGGCUCAGGAGAAGGAGCCCGAAGAGAUCCUUCCCCCCUUUGACCUGCAUCUGUUUGUGCAGUCUACAGAGCGCGUGUCAUAGCAGAGACAUGUCUGCUUGCAUGCGCCUCUCGGCAUUCUAGGUAUCGCGUUAAAGCAUCCUGCAGAUUUGUCGGACUGUUAUGAGCAGGAAUGGGCAUAUUUGGUUGAAUGGCACUGGAGUGUAUAAUUAUUGUAUUACAUCGAAUCCACCAUGGACGCACCUCACUCAAUCAC